AGCGAUCCAAACAGUACUCCGGUACAAAACAAGAACUCUAUAUAUCUUUAUUCUCAACAAAAACGGACACUUUCAAAAUUAUCGACAGAAAAAGCGCAAACAGAGGACAAGGAUGCCAUUGACCAUAACAAGAUUCGGACCCGAGAACGUGUCGAGCGCAGAGCUGGCCAAGGCCUUCACGGACAGUCGUCCGGCCUCAUACAAACUCGAGUACUUUGACGUCUCGGGCGUUGGCGCCGUUCCUCGCGAUAUCCUUGCUUAUGGAGGCGCAGACUGGGAGGAUCUCGCCAUCACUAACUGGCCUGCAGAGAUCAAAUCCCCAUUCGGAGUCUUCCCCGUACUGCACAUCCGGACCGCGGAUGGCCAUGAGCUCAAGCUGUCCGAGAGCGUGAUCAUCGAGCACUUCCUAGCCCGGAAAUUCGGACUCCUAGGUGAGAACGAGUGGGAGGAACAAUUGAUCAAGAUGUUCCAUUCCUCGUCGCUCUAUCUCCGUGAGCGACUCUUCAUGCGCGUUACUUGGUAAAAUUGAAGCCCUUGCGUUCUUCUUCUCUCGAACUUGAUCUCGAUAUUCUCGUAUAGAAAGGCUAGAGAGGGCUGAUGGAUUAACCAAACUGGACUUGAUGUCUAUGGUUUUUCGAUGAUGGGGAAAAAAUAGGAACUUUAAGGACAAGAUGGACCAGACAUUCGAGACGUUUAUGAAACAGACGCUGCCGCUGUGGAUUGAGACCCACACAAAGCAUUUGAAGGAUAACGGAUCCAAUGGCCAUUACGUCGGUAACAAGGUAACACCACCGUUCCAGCAAACGUUCAAAAACAAAAAAAUCUUUACCUGACCAACUAUGGCAGCAAAAAAUGGAAAGACUUUUUUUUU